AUGGGCGGGACGUCGAUACGAGCACGGAAGGAUGAGAGAGUAUGCCGUGCGCAUAUAAUGCAGACGAAUACAGUCCGAAAGGGACUCGUCGAAUUAUUCACACGUAGACCGUACAAUUUGUUUUCUCGUGCACCCACGAUGCCGUUAUUUUUGCUACCGUCAACUGCGUUAUUUCCGUCACUUUACGACGAGUUGUUUGAUGACUACGAGCAACUGGAUACAUUUACGCAAUCUGAAAACCACGCUCAACGUCCCGCAAAGGAUUCGCACUGCCACAGCACGCAGCAGGUCCCGACUGAGUCGGAAGAGCUUAGCGUCGAUUUGGAAGAGAAAAGUUCACCACCAGUGAUCGAUGAAGAUCAAGAGAUAAAAAAUCGAACAGUGCAUCCGUGA